GUGGUGAAAGUGUCGAAGAAUAUGAAGAGAAGAAAUGUCGAGUUCGGUAAGCUUCGGAGGCCCUUGAAACGUAACAAGCUCACCGAGGGGAUUUACGGAAGUACUUUGCUUUAUCUGAAGUUCCUUCUACUAUGGGCCAUGGUGAUUUUAGCAGAUUUCAUUUUAGAAUUCCGCUUUGAAUUUUUAUGGCCUUUCUGGCUUCUCCUCCGAAGUGUUUACGAUUCUUUUAAAUACCAAGGCUUGGCCUUCUCUGUGUUUUUUAUUUGUAUUGCACUUACAUCUGAUAUGAUUUGCUUCUUUUUCAUCCCUGUGCAUUGGCUGUUUUUUGCUGCCAGCACUUACGUUUGGGUGCAAUAUGUUUGGCACACAGAUAAAGGAGUGUGCCUACCAACUGUGAUGCUGUGGCUAUUAUUUCUGUAUAUAGAAACAGCAGUUCGAUUAAGAGAUUUUCGGCAUAUGCCGUUUCACUUAGAUCUCUGUCGGCCAUUCGCAGCACAUUGCAUUGGCUAUCCUGUAGUUACAUUAGGUUUUGGUUUUAAGAGUUAUGUUGGUUAUAGAAUGAGACAGAGAAAACAAAAAGAUGUUGCAAAGGAAAAUGAGUUCUACCUGCAGUUGUUACAGCAGGCUCUACCGGUAGAACAACAGACAAGUUUGCAGCAAAUUCAGUCACAAGUACAGCAUAUUAAUCCAUCAUUAGAACAACAUAUAAGGGCACAAUCGCAAAGAUUAAAUUCACAAUAUAAUCCAAGUCCUGAAAAGAGCAAAGGAAAUAAUUGUGUUGAAUCAAAUGUACAAAAUGGUGGAUUGCAAAAUGGUACACAAUUUAUGCUGCAGACACAAAGUACCACUAUGAAAAGUAAUCAUAGAAAAUCUUUAGACAAAAGUGAGAAACAGGAAGAUCAACACAAUAAACAUAAUAUAACAAAUGUAUCACAAUCUGAUAAAAGUGACAAAAGAUUUAUACAUACAAAUGGAUCAACAGUAUCUCACAACGACGUGCAGUUUAUUGAAAGAGUCGGAUCAGUGAAUGAUUUUGAUGUAAAUGAAAUUGACAAAGACAAGUCAGUUAAAGGUGGAGGUUGUGGUCAUACAAAUGUAAGAUCACAAUCUAAUGGAUCAGUAACAGGAAAAUGGAAUAAUGUAAAAGAAAAUCGAGAGACAUCUUCAAAUGUUAAUGUUCAACGUGAACGUAAUACACGUAAAAUCAAAAAUGCUAGUGACACUACAACUGAGCAGCAGAAACAACAGGAUGAAUAUUGUCAAAGGUUACUGGUGUGUCGCAGGCUUGAGGCAGAUAUUAAACGCUUGAAGUCAGAUUUACAAUCCAGUCGACAAGUGGAGCAAGAACUACGAUCACAAAUUAAUACACUGAUGAAUGGAGAACGUCAGGCAAAAGGAGAUAUACAACAGCUUCAACAUGAUAAUGAUCAAUUACAAAGCAAAUUACAUGGAUUGGUAACAGCUCGACAAUUGGAUAAACAAACAAUGUCAUCGCUAGAAAAACGUAUUGCAGAAGAACGAAAGCAACGAACUGCUUGUGAGGCAUCCUUAGUUUCAGAAAGACGGGCACGAAGAGCUGCGGAAGAGGCACGUUCUGCUAUUCCACCACCUCCACCACCACUUGUCAGACAAGAAUGUACAGAUGCAUGUAAGAAUAAAAGAGUGCAAAUGGAGCAAGACCUUAAAAAUCUUCGACGAGAAGUCAAAACAAAAGAUGAAAGAUGUAAUGCAUUAGAAAAGGAUGCAACUCGUUGUAAAGAAAAUCAAAGAGAGUCGGAGAUUUUGCUUGGAGCAUUGAACGAAUUACAAGAGAAAACAAGACAUUUAGAAAACAGUUUGAGCGCAGAAACUCGAAUAAAAUUAGAUUUGUUUUCAGCACUUGGAGAAGCAAAACGUCAGUUAGAAAUCAGAGAAAGUUUAAUAAGAUCUCAAGAAAAAGAAAUUGAGAUGCUCAAAGCAAAGAUUGCUCAAGACUUAGCUGUGAUGCCACAGGAUACAUUUGGUUCUGCACCAACUUGUGCAACGUCCAAGCUUCGAUUGAAUAGUGAAGUACGAGUAACAGGAACAAAAAUACGUACGAACGAAAGCAGUUGUCCAGGUUGUACCGUGUCAAAUUUGGAUCCAAAUGCAACAGCAUACACGCCUAAGAGCUCCUUGAUAGCAUCUACUGAAGCUUAAAGACACAAUUUUCUUGUUACAUCCAAUCCUACCAAUAGUAGGAUAAAAGCAUGUUUCUGUUUUGUUUCGUCAUGGAAAAAGUCUUUUUUUUUUUUGUUGAGUACCUCAUAAUUAAUAUUACGUAUCACAGUAUUCACAGUAAUACAAAACUUGUUUACAAAAUUAUGAAUACUCCAUAUUCUAUACAUUUUUUGUUUGUUAAAGCAAAUAUUUUUUUGCAACACUUCAGUUAUAAAAUAAUUAAUUAAAUUUCCAAAAUAGAUAUUUUUUUUUUCGCUCCUUCCACGAGAAACUUCAGAAACAUGUUUUGUCAUAUUAUCAUCAAGAAAAAUGUGGCGUUAUUUACAUUAUUAAUGAUCAUAAGGGCAUAACGAAUACUGGAUAUAUGAAUGUUGAAAGUCCAGUGAUAUCUUAACGUGUAACUUUUAUGCUGUAGAUUGAUCUUGCAAAUAUCAUGGCUUGAAUUGUUUAUUAAUUAUUAUAAUUAUUAAAAUGUUUAUAUAUAAUAUAUUAAAUUAUGAUAUAUACGGAA